AGAGAGAGAAGAAAACGUUUUCAUCUGUGAGAGGUAGGAGAAAGAGAGAGAGAGAGAGAGAGAGAACUUUUUCAUCUGUGGGAGGAAGGAGAGAGAGACAGAGGAAUUUAAUCUGUGGGAAGUAGUGUAGUGUAAUUACAGAGUGUAUAGCAGACCUGUUCCACUCUGUACCAAUCCUGCCACAUCACUAUGGAUGCAACGGAAUACAAGACGUUUUUAACCGUUUUUACCCUCUUCAAUGUCCUGUCGAUAUGCUGGUGUGCCCCUCAACAGUUCUGCGAGCCUGGAGAGGACGCUUCGGGAAGAUGCAACAACGGUCCAGAUGAAGAAAAACCAGUGUGUUCAGAGAUUAACCUGGGUUACUGCAACGACCUGGACUACUCCAGGACCAUCUUCCCUAACAUUCUAGGUCAGCGGUCUCGUCAUGAGGUGGAGUCUGGAGCUGAGUACCUCCUCCUCUCUGUGAUCCAUGGUCUCCUCAACGGGGAGUGUUCCCCUGACAUCCGUCUGCUGGGGUGCUCCGUCCUCGCCCCGCGCUGCCAAGACCUACCCAACCCCGCACCCGUCAAGUCAUGCCGCAGUACAUGUGAGGCGGUGAGGAAGGGGUGUGGCCACGCGUUCGAGGGCAUCGACAUGGCGUGGCCUUACUUCCUAGACUGUGACCGAUUCUUCGCCAGCGAACAGGAAGGCUGUCACGACCCGCUGGCCCCGUUAAGAGCCAGACAGGAAGUGGCUUUCUCCAACCUGUCUCCAGACGAACCUUCCACCAUCAUUCAGUUCACAUACCACUCCAACGCCCAGAUGUACAGCGUUCUGAAGAGGACUGCUGCCAAGUGCUCUCACAUCUCCCGCACCUACAGUAUCGGACGCAGCACAGAGGGGAAAGACCUCCUGGCCAUAGAGUUCACAGACAACCCCGGAGGGCACGAACUGCUGGAACCAGAGAUCAAGUUGGUUGGCAACAUGCAUGGCAACGAGGUCCUGGGUCGUCAGUUGCUGCUCUACCUGGCCCAGUACCUGUGUUCCGAGUAUCUCCUUGGCAACCAGCGUAUCCAGACGCUCGUAAACACCACGCGCAUCCACAUCCUGGCAUCCAUGAACCCCGACGGUUACGAGCUGGCGGCCGCCGAGGUAGAGGAUAGCAACGACCCGGAACAACAACCACACCACAACCAGGAAGGUCACGAGCUCAACGGUUGGACUGUGGGUCGCACCAACGCUCAGAACCUAGACUUGAACCGGAACUUUCCUGACCUGACGUCUAUUCUCUACCGGAAUCGUAGGAUCAAACGGUUCCGCACCGACCACAUCCCCAUCCCAGACUCUUACUGGUUUGGUAAGGUAGCUUCAGAGACCUAUGCAGUGAUGAAGUGGAUCAGGUCUGUGCCGUUUGUCCAGUCUGCUAGCCUCCAUGGUGGAGAGCUGGUGAUCUCUUAUCCCUUUGACUUCUCUAGACACCUCUAUGAAGAGAGGAUGUUCUCCCCUACACCUGAUGAACAGGCGUUUAAGCAGCUGGCCCGGACGUACGCAGACUCUCACGCCAGCAUGGCCGACAACAACACAGAGAGGUGUGGAGCGUCCUUCAUCAGGAGCGGAGGCAUCAUCAACGGAGCUCUGUGGUACAGCUUCCCAGGGGGCAUGUCAGACUUUAACUACCUCCACACUAACUGUCUGGAGAUUACGGUGGAGCUGGGCUGUGACAAGUUUCCUUCUGAAGAGGAGCUCUACCCGGAGUGGCUCAGGAACAAGGAGGCCCUGCUCAGUUUCAUGGAGUCGGUCCACAGAGGUAUUAAGGGAGUGGUGAAGGAUGAGGAGGGCUAUGGAAUAAAGGGAGCGUCCAUAUCUGUCAGGGGAAUACGUAAAGAUGUCACCACAGCGGAGGAUGGUGAUUACUGGAGGUUAAUGAACUCAGGAACACACAUCAUAACAGCAUCAGCUAAAGGUUACUCCAAGGUCAGCAAGAGAAUUUACCUGCCUGCUCACCUGGAAAAAGCUGGGCGGGUCGACUUCCUGCUCAAAAAGGUCCCUGUACAGCCAGUACGACCAGACUACCACCUGUUCCUCAGCUCCUCCCUGGACACUUACGAGCGCUUCGACCCUUACAACCAGUUCCAGAGCUACGGCCGCUCCGAGCCGGGAGAACCGAGAGAACCCAGGGAACCGGGGAUGGGAGGAGAACCGGGGAUGGGAGGAGAGUGGCAGGAGAAGCCCUGGUGGUGGAACUACUUUACUCAGGCAGGGGUCUCUGCUCCCACCUGGCUGCUACGGAACAUCUAGAAGACUGGACAGGAUAAAGACUGAAAUGGCACACUAUUCCCUUAUUUUGUGCACUACAUUUGACCAAAGCCCAUAGAGCAGGAGGCCUUCUUUGUAGUUUGCAUCCCAAAUGGCACCCUAUUCUCUAUAUAGUGGACCCUAUUCCCUAUAUAGUGGACCCUAUUCCCUAUAUAGUGCACCCUAUUCCCUAUAUAGUGCACCCUAUUCCCUAUAUAGUGCACCCUAUUCCCUAUAUAGUGCACCCUGUUCCCUAUAUAGUCAAAAGUAGUGCGCUAUAAAGGGAAUGGGUGCCAUGUGGAAUGUCUCCUACAAGCAGAGGCAUGAAUUGGUUCUCAAUAUUUUUUGGUUUCUGUCCCCCAUCGCAUUUAGCUCUGGCUUUCAUGUUACCAGAAGGCCUAUGUUCUGAUUAGUCUUCCUGUGUAGAUAGGACAGGUACCCCGUCCACCAGGGGAACACCUACCUCCACUAUGGACAGGAAUCUGAUCAAGACUCUGGGACCCCAUUAACAUAUUGGGUGUUCUAUUUAGAAUGUUUCAUUAAGACGUUCUGAUCACAACAUUCCUCCUCUGAGUUCUGUCUUCCUCAGUGUUCUAUUUAGAAUGUUUCAUUAAGACGUUCUGAUCACAACAUUCCUCCUCUGAGUUCUGUCUUCCUCAGUGUUCUAUUUAGAAUGUUUCAUUAAGACGUUCUGAUCACAACAUUCCUCCUCUGAGUUCUGUCUUCCCCAGUGUUCUAUUUAGAAUGUUUCAUUAAGACGUUCUGAUCACAACAUUCCUCCUCUGAGUUCUGUCUUCCUCAGUGUUCUAUUUAGAAUGUUUCAUUAAGACGUUCUGAUCACAACAUUCCUCCUCUGAGUUCUGUCUUCCCCAGUGUUCUAUUUAGAAUGUUUCAUUAAGACGUUCUGAUCACAACAUUCCUCCUCUGAGUUCUGUCUUCCCCAGUGUUCUAUUUAGAAUGUUUCAUUAAGACGUUCUGAUCACAACAUUCCUCCUCUGAGUUCUGUCUUCCUCAGUGUUCUAUUUAGAAUGUUUCAUUAAGACGUUCUGAUCACAACAUUCCUCCUCUGAGUUCUGUCUUCCUCAGUGUUCUAUUUAGAAUGUUUCAUUAAGACGUUCUGAUCACAACAUUCCUCCUCUGAGUUCUGUCUUCCUCAGUGUUCUAUUUAGAAUGUUUCAUUAAGACGUUCUGAUCACAACAUUCCUCCUCUGAGUUCUGUCUUCCUCAGUGUUCUAUUUAGAAUGUUUCAUUAAGACGUUCUGAUCACAACAUUCCUCCUCUGAGUUCUGUCUUCCUCAGUGUUCUAUUUAGAAUGUUUCAUUAAGACGUUCUGAUCACAACAUUCCUCCUCUGAGUUCUGUCUUCCUCAGUGUUCUAUUUAGAAUGUUUCAUUAAGACGUUCUGAUCACAACAUUCCUCCUCUGAGUUCUGUCUUCCUCAGUGUUCUAUUUAGAAUGUUUCAUUAAGACGUUCUGAUCACAACAUUC